AUGUCCCACUUGAAGAGUGUGGAAAGAGCGUCUUCCAAUGAUGUUUACAUAACUGACAAUGAAACGUGUAAUGUUCUUGUGCAUAGCUUUUGGAAGAGACUGUGCCGUGCUCUUCAGGCGGAGAUAGAAUUGCUUUAUUGUGACUAUAGCCAGCAGCAUCAACGUCAACGGGAAUCACAAACUUUAAAUUUAUAUGAUCGUUAUGCUUCUUUGGUUGCAGAGGAUCCGGCCUUGCAGGAGGCGAUAGCACACGUUGUGUUGGAUGCGGUAUUUCAGAAGGUCAGUCGCCGUUUUGCCUCAAUGGCUGAGAACGCGGCGGAAACAAUUCAUCAGGCCUUUGAGGGUGUUCUCAACCGCAACCAGGACGGCACAGUCCGUUUCUUUCAUACAACAAAGGCACUACAACGCAUUGAACCUCAGGCGCGCCAAGCUGGGCUUGUUCUCUUGGGCUGCCUGUUGUACUAUCGCGUAAAGGUCGUUGCGGAUCGGGUGGUUUACAAGCUAGAGGAUACUGAUGGACUCAGCCGUGCUGCUGUUCACCUCCUUGGCGAGCGUCGCAGGCUGAUUGUGCGAGAAAACAGCGAGGAACAAAAAUUUUUUCUUCACUAUGCCACCAUUUCGGAGGCUCCGCGGUACCCGAUAGGUGCGCCUGUGGUGGAGACCGAUUCUGGAGACACAUCAGACAACGUUGUAGAUAGGGACUGUGUGUUACUCAGUCAGCAGGCAGUGCAGCGGGCAUUUGACCUGUAUACACAAAAAUGUGAAUUCACCAUGCAACUGCAACUUCGCUCCAUUGAAGGCGAGAAACAGAAUUUGCCUGCCUGGGUGCUGCCGGUGUUGUUGCUGUUGGGAUGGAAUGAAAUAUGGUAUGUCCUUUCGUCCCCAGUUCUUUUUGUAGUUGUUGUUAUUAUCGCUGCGGUGUUUUUAAGGGGCUUUUUGUUGACUCAAUGGGCAAUAUUUGAGGAGACAGGGCCCACCUGUGUCGUGGUGGGUGUUCGCGUCGUCGUGCGGCAAAUUCGGAAUAUAUACAAGGCCCUUGUUCCAAUGAUACCGGACGAUGUUAAGAGUAACGUGGCACGGCACCGUGACCCAGGGAGUUUCUCUGAUGUGACUGCGUCUGCUGUGGGAACAUCAUGGCCUUAUGCUGCUGCCGAACCGACUGUGUUGCCGCCCUCUACAACGUCCGCCACUCUCACGCGGCGAUUAAAGAAGGAAGAGGAGGUACCGACCCAGAAAGAAUGA